UCACUGUCAGUGUGUGAAAAGAGUGGUGUAUAACUAUAAAAAAAGAAUUGAAUUGACACGCACGGGUACGGUAUUUUUCUGGAACUUCAGGGUGUGUGAGCUCCUCGUUUCGCCCUGAAGCUGAACUCGCCAAACCGGCUGCGCGUGGAUGUGGGCUCGAGACGGCGUUUUCACUCCUCCGUGAAGCGCCACACGGAAUCGGCAGACACUGAGAACGGACACCUGAGCGAACCCCAGGGAGGCACAUUUUGAAUAUAUUGUAUGAUAACCUUCUCACACUGCUCAAGAGACAAACUGGGAGUGAAGUCGGAGCCUCGUUUGAAUUGCGCAGAACAAAAGUACUUUCUCGGAUCUCCUUAUAGGUCUACUGUCCAGAAGAGGCCUAGACAGAUCCACAUGGUCAGCCCCAUUUAAGUUUCCUGAUGAGUCUGCGUGGGGAACAUGAAGAAGGCAGCGCUUUCUCAGCCAUGUGUCUUUAUGGGGAACUAGAGGAAAGCGACAGUAACUCUGAAGCCGGUGCCUAUUGCUCUGCUGAGGAUGACAGUGGAGACUCUGAAACAAGUGUCUAUUGUGAUGCUGAGGAAGGGAGUGAUUCUGAUAAGGUGCACCAUGAGAGGACUCAGCAGAGAACAGAUCUCAAGAGUUUGCUCGAAAUGGGAGGUCAGUUGAAGUCUUCUACAGUGACUGGAGAGCCAUUAUUGUGUUCCCCCAUUGCACAUGGAAUGCAGAAUAAUGCGCAGGGUAACAUAUCAAUGCCUGUUAACCUCCCAUCAUCCAUCGUGGCUCAGAAUGGAGGAAAUGUUGCAGUGUCCCAUAUGGUUGGCUGCAAUGUUGGAGGAUCGGUAAACAUCAGCAUAAGCAUAUCCCCUAAUGUAUCUAACACAGCAAAGACCUGGGAUACACUUGGAGCCAAAGACCCAGAUCAAUGUCUUCAUAAGGUGCAAGAGAAACUGAAAUUACGUUUAAGAUCAAAAUUUGGGAAUAUCUCUGAAGGCAUAGCACAGUCAGGAAAACAAAGACUUUUGUACAGUAUUUACACAGAGCUCUUCAUCACAGAAGGUGGAAGUGAAGGAGUCAAUAAUGAACACGAAGUUAGACAAAUGGAGGCAACAUCCAGGACACAAAGAUCACAUGACAUACAAAUGAAUUGCAAUGACAUAUUUAAGCCUUUACUUGGAGAAGAAAAACUCAUUAGAACUGUUCUGACAAAGGGGAUUGCUGGCAUUGGAAAAACAGUUUCUGUGCAGAAGUUCAUUCUUGACUGGGCAGAAGGGAAAGCAAAUACCGAUGUUCAUUUAGUAAUUACUCUUUCGUUCCGUGAUAUCAACCGGAAGGAAUACAAAGAAUAUAGUCUUUUGGAACUUAUUCAUCACUAUUUCCCGGAAGUAAAGGAGAUUAAAAGUGACCUUGACAAGUUAAAAGUUGUGUUUAUAUUUGAUGGCCUGGAUGAAUGUCGGCUUACUUUAGAUUUCCUGAACAGAGAAGAGUGGUUUGAUGUAGAAGAGUCAACAUCACUCGACGUUAUACUGGUCAACCUUAUCAAUGGGAAUCUCCUUCCUUCUGCACUCAUAUGGAUAACCUCCCGACCAGCAGCUGCGAGUCAGAUUCCAGAUGAGUGUGUCCAUCGGGUGACAGAGAUACGAGGCUUCAAUGACUCACAGAAGGAAGAAUACUUCAAGAAGAGAUUUGGAGAUCAGGAUCUAGCUACCAGAAUCAUUUCGCUUAUGAAAAAGUCAAGGAGCCUCUACAUCAUGUGUCACAUACCAGUCUUCUGUUGGAUCUCAGCUACUGUCCUUAAGAAAUCUUUGGAAAGUCAAGAAGGCAGUCAAGCAAUUCCUACAACUCUGACACAAAUGUAUACACAGUUUCUGCUUAUUCAAACAAAGAGAAAGAACAAAAAGUAUCAUGGAACCAGUGAAAGAAACCAAAAUAAGAUGUCCCAAUCUGACAGAGAUAUCAUUCUUAAACUGGGAAAUUUGGCAUUUCAACAACUGGAAAAAGGGAAUUUAAUAUUUUAUGAAGAAGAUUUGAAUGAGUGUGGCAUUCAUGUGAGUGACACUUCAGUGUGCUCUGUGGUGUGUACAGAGAUCUUUAAAGAGGAGGAUGUCAUGUUAGAAGAGAAGGUUUACAGCUUUGUCCAUUUGACUGUUCAGGAGUUUCUUGCUGCUCUGCAUGUCUUUCACGUAUACAAAAACAGCAAGACAAAUCUGCUUGACACUAAACUAGACACUACAUUAACAAUGUUUGAAUUGCACAAGAGUGCUGUGAGCAAAGCUUUGCAAAACAAGAAUGGACACUUUGAUAUAUUUCUUCGCUUUCUUCUUGGUAUUUCCCUGAACUCCAAUCAGAAACUCCUACAAAACAUUCUGGAACAAACAGACAGUAGUUCAGAUAAUACUGAUGAAACAAUCAAAUAUAUUAAGAAAAGGAUUAGUUCCAGUAUUUCUCCAGAGAAAUCCAUCAAUCUGUUCCACUGUCUUAAUGAACUAAAUGAUAGCUCUCUCAUGCAAGAAAUCCAAAAUUACCUCAGCUCAGGAAGACUUUCAGAAGAGACACUGUCACCUACACAAUGGUCAGCUUUGGUGUUUGUGCUGCUAACAUCAGAAGAAGUGCUGGAUGUCUUUGACCUGAAGAAAUACAUCAGAUCAGAAGAAGCACUGCUGAAAUUGCUGCCAGUGAUCAAGCUCUCUAAAACUGCUAUGUUGGACCAGUGUGAACUCACAGGGCAGUGUUGUGAAGAUCUCGCUUCAACUCUUAGCUCAAACUUCUCAAAUCUCAAAGAGCUAGACCUCAGUAACAAUGAUCUGGAGGAUUCGGGAGUGAAACUGCUGUCUGUAGGACUUCAGAACCCACACUGUAAAUUGGAAACUCUGAGGCUGGAGCAGUGUAAGCUCACAGAGAAAUGCUGUGAAGCAUUGGCCUUGGCUCUCAGCUCAGACUCAAACUUGAGAGAAGUGGACCUGAGUGACAAUGAGUUGCAUGAUUUAGGAAUGAAGUUGCUCUCCAGUGGGCUGGGGAAUCCACACUGUAAAGUGGAGACACUGAGGCUUCAUUUGUGUAAACUCACAGAAGAAUGCUGUGAAGCUUUGGCCUCAGUUCUCAGCUCAAAGUCUUCCCAGCUGAGAAAGCUGGACCUGAGUAACAAUGAUCUGCAGGAUUCAGGAGUGAAGCUGCUCUCUGCUGGACUGGCAAAUCCACACUGUAAACUGGAGAUGCUGAGGAUGUCUGGCUGUCAAAUCACAGAAGAUGGCUGUGCCUGUUUAGCUUCAGCUCUUCAUUCAAACCCCUCGCAUCUGAGAGAGCUUGACCUGAGCUACAAUCAUGCAGGAGUUUUGGGAGUUCAGCUGCUUUCUGCAGGAUUAGAGAAUCCAAACCACAGACUGCAGAAACUAAAUGUGGACCAUGGUGGAGAAUGCAGGAUCAAACCAGGGCUACUGAAAUAUGCCUGCCAGGUCACACUGGACCCCAACACUGCCCACAGAAACAUUUUUUUCUCCAACAGGAACAGAAAGGUGACCAAUGGGGAAGAAGAGUACCCAUAUCCUGAUCAUCCAGAGAGAUUUGAUUACUGGCACCAAGUUCUCUGCAAAGAGGGUCUGUCUGGUCGCUGCUACUGGGAGGUUGAGUGGAAAAGUCAAGGGUCAGGUGCUGAAGUAGGAAUGACUUAUAAAGGACUUAGCAGAAAAGGAGAUGAUUUUGACUGUGGGCUUGGAACCAAUGAGAAGUCAUGGAGCCUGUACUGGACAACUAAGAGUUAUUGUGCUUUCCAUGACAGAAAGAAAAAAAACAAUUCCACUUCCUCUUCUGUCUCCCUGAGGGUGGGGGUGUAUCUGGACUGGAUGGCUGGCACCCUGUCCUUCUACAGCAUCACCCAUGAUGAGAUGAUCCUUGUGUACAGGUUCCUCUCCAGAUUCAAAGAGCCCCUCUAUCCAGGGUUUUCGCUUGAAAGAGGCUCAUCGGUGUCCAUAAGGGAGCUGUAAUUGCUUUCACUUUCUUAAUAGAACACAUUAAAUAAAACAAGAAAUCCUUUGAUCAUUCAGCUGAAUUACAUAGGACUUACAACAGUUAGUUUAGAAAACCUUUUCUGAAUUCAGUGAAGUACAAACUACAAUUAAGGAUUUUUACUCUGACAUAUAGGAAAAAUGUAUAACUUGCUUAAGAUUAAUGUGUAUCAGUCUUUGGAUGAUUCUUGAUUUUACUGUAUUUCACAAAACCUGUUACCACAUAAAACAUGGUGAACACUUUGCAUACAAGGUAUCAAAUUUUCUUGUCAUGUUCUGGAAAUACUUCUCAGUUAUUACAAAACGGUUAUAAGGGUCAUCAGAGUUCAGAAAGCACUGUCUUGGAUGGUUUGAUUUACUGUCCAUGUUCUUUUUAAAACUUCAGUAAGAACUACAAGCUGUUCCCCAUCUUAAGGUUUACAUUCAACUAGCCCAUAAUUAAAUAAAACAUGAACAGUCAUGUAAUAUUUGCCAGAUAAUGCUCAAAAUUUGAUUAACCCCACAAUAUUUUGGUCAGUUGGGAACAUUCUGUACUUCAGGUUUGGAAAAAUCAUUCUAGAACUAGCAUUUUGUCCAUCAAGUUAUUAAAAUGCAAAGAUGGUGUAAAUCCAAAACUCCAUCGGGCUGCAGAGCAAAGAUGACGUAAAUCUAAAACUCUAUUGGACCUGGAUGCCUACCAGUUACUCUUAGCUGCUUUUCACUCUACUGCCUCUUCAGCUAAA